UGGAAGCUGAAUAAAAUUUGGACCAACGGUCUUUCGACUUGGAGAAUAAGAAGAGUGGCUAAUGAAACCAAAAAGGAUAUGCGCAAGCUAUUUGUUUAUUCUCAAACAUCUGCCAACAAGGGAAAUUCUAACGGAACAUUUCAGACUGGUGCCUGUUAUCGAGACAGAUUUAUGGUUAAAGAUGAAAAUAAAACAAUUAUUUAUUUUCAAAAAUCU